AUGCCUAAAGCUGCUUUACUGUUAGUGAUAGCAUUCAUAACUAGUGUAUUGGGUCACCAAAAGAAGUUGACAAACUGGGUGAAAAUGCCAGAGUCAAUCGGUUUAGCUUGCGAAGGAGAGUAUGUUGAUAUAAACUGUCCUAAUUACGAAGGAAUCAGAAUUGUAGACGCGUUCUGGGGCCGAGAUGACGUCACGACAUGCCAACCGGGGCAGCCAUUGGCAACGAAGAGUUAUAAGGACAUGUGCAAGCCAGUUCAAAAAGAUUAUGCUAAACUGAAGAUCAAACAAAUGUGCCACGGGAUUGAGUCUUGCAGGAUUCCCGCAACGACGGUAUUCUUUGAUACCGAGCUUUGCCCCAAUGUUUUGAAAUACCUACGAGUGCUUUAUGAAUGCAGGCAUAUGACUGGAAUGAAAAAAUCAUUGAUUGAGAGACUACGCGGAAAAGAUUCGAAGAUGAGACGUAUACGACUCAAGUUCGGCUUGUGGCCGACAAUUCUCCUUGCACUUGGAUUGGUACUUGUACACGCAGAGAUCGCAAAAGCUUUUAACCUCGAAGAAAUUUUGAACGCAAUAACACCAGACUCUUCGGAAUCGCAAAUACGUCACCCAGAUCAUGAAUUCACUCGAUUUAGACGAACUAGAAUGCGUAGGUCAGAGGAAAAAGAUAUCGAGAGUGACGUCACAGAGUAUGCUGAUAAUGCGAGUGGCGAGGGAGAUGAUACCAAGGCUGACACGAGCGAUGACAGUAAUGCCGAGCAGAAGGAUGACGUCACGGAGUCAGGGGAUACUGAUGAUGGAUCGUCCUCAGGGGACGACGAAGAGCCACAGGAUAAAAGGGGUAAUAUUGCUAACAAUAGUGACAAGCUUGAUAUCAAGUCGGCACAACAGGAAGCCAAUCAAGCUAGCAAAACUGAUGACUUCAAAUUUCCAGAGACAAGCAAACAGACAAAUGCACCAUCCCUGGGCACAUCAGCCAACAGUGGAUCGGAGGCUAGGCAAACUGUUGAAGCUUUUGAAAACCAAAAUAAUACCGCAGAGGCUAAAAAUAAUACUGCAGAGAUUGGACGGCAAGAGAGCAGUAUUUCCAAUUUUACGUUACCAGGUGCAAAUGUAACAGGUGAAACUGUUGCAAAUGAGACAAUGCCUGUUGUGACAAAUGAGACAGGGGUGAAUGGUACCAAUGAUAUAAGUCAAAAUGGAACAUCGACUGUGCAGCCAUCUAACAGUCUGGAUGAAACUUCACGAGUGCAGGCCCCUAAUGCAACAUCAAGUGCCGAUAACACAUCAGCCGGUAAUGGAGGAAACACGGAGGAGGAAGCAAAGAAAGUUAGUGCAGAGGAGGAGAAAAUGGAGGCAGCAGUUAUUGGAAACAUGCAGAUAUUUCACAAAUGUCAACAAAACUCAACCAGAGUUAGCAAAUCAAACAACUACAAAUGCAACCGUAGACGCCAAUCAAGCAACGAUUGCCAAGCCACAAGCAGUAACGCUGCAAAGAGGACUGGAAUCAAGAAGAAAAGUGAAGAGCUGAUGACAGCAGAAGAGAUCGUAGAGGAUAUGGAUUCUGAGAGUGAUGAAGAAGAUGAAGAGGGUACCAACUCAUCUGCAUCCGGGUCAGGAUCCGGAUCAGGCAAUUUAGAGCAAGAAACAGAAGAAAAGCCAAAAGCAAUCAAGGCGGAAAAUAAAGAAAAACCGAUUGCUAAAGCCAAGACUGCAAGCCUUACAGCAAAUGAAGCCGCAUUUUUGUCAUCGAUGGAGAAUGAUGAUGAAUCUUCUGGGUCAAACCUUGAGGUAACACCAGAAUCCGGGUCCGGAUCUGGAGACAGUGUUGAGAAAGCGGUCGCAGCAGAAGUGAACCAAAAGAAAGUAGAAAAGAUCAAAGAAACGAAAAAGCAAGAAGAAAGCCAGCAAGUGCAGUCCAAGUCGAUGACAAAGACAAAGCAACAACAACAGCAACAGGCAACCGUUCAACAAGCAUCUGCAACAAACUGGCAGCAGACAAUGACAAAUUCCUAUUCGAAUGCUGGGUCAAAUACGAUGCCUCAGCAAGCAACUAAAUCCAAUACAGCUACAACUUUGAAGAAACCGGCCAAUCAACAGCCCGCAAAGACCGCUGUUCAGAUCAACAAACAACAACAGCAACAGCAAAAACAACAGCAACAACAUGGAUUCCAAAAGCCAAAACAGACAGCUAAACAACAACAGAAUGCAUUGAACCAAGGCGCAGGCGCAGAGAAGCGACCAGAAGCUAAAGCAAGUCAGUAUAAAGCAAGCACAACUGCAGCAAAAACACAACAGCACAGCCAGGCAACUGCUCCAGCACAGUCUUAUGUGCAGGCAAGCAAUGGGCCUAAAGUUACCGCAAAUACCCAACAAGGAGCAUCGAAACCUGGAAAGGCAGCUCUAAAAGCAAAGAAUUCAGCAUUAUCAAGUGCAAACGCGGUAGCAGGUCAGAAGCCAGUUGCCCAAUCCGCUGCACCUCAACAGACGGCCUACUCACAAACAGCACAACAAGUACAAACACAAAACAAUAAGCAAGUGGAGAAAAACGCUUUCAGCCAGGGACAACAACCCCAGAGGCCCGUAGCUGCUCAGGCGCAAGCAACGAAAGUGAGCAAAGCAGCAAAUGCAGCAAUGCAACCAAAUGUAAACAAACAGGCGAAGGUUGCAAGCACAGCAAAAACACAAAACAAUAAGCAAGUGGAGAAAAACGCUUUCAGCCAGGGACAACAACCCCAGAGGCCGGUAGCUGCUAAGACGCAAGCGACGAAAGUGAGCAAAGUAGCAAACGCAGCAAUGCAACCAAAUGUAAACAAACAGGCGAAGGUUGCAAGCACAGCAAAAGCACAAGCGCCAGUCGGACAAAAACAGGCUCUGAAAAAAUUGCCAAGUGGUAAAAACGCGACUGUUGAUGGGUACGGUGAAGGAGCAGAUCUAUUAAAAACGUCAUCAAAGAUAGAACUGAAAGACAGCGAUGAAAAUUUACCUGGUGCAACCGGGGAUGAUAUCACAGAAGAAGAUCUGCAAAAGCUGCAGUCUAUUUCAGUGAAUGAUGCCGCAGCCAAUGAAAAUGAGCUCGGGGAUUUGAUGACCUCAGUCGGGACUAAGAAGCCGGAGACAAAGAAAAGCCAAACUCCACAAACACAAACAUCAAAGAAUAACAGCCCUAAAGCGAAGUCAUGGACUAUGGUAUUUAAUGGAACCGAAAGUGAAGGAAAUUUGCCCGGAGGUUACGGUGGUGAUUACUUGGAAGAUGCAAGUGGUGAUGACGAUGAUGAUUCCGUGUCUGGCUCCGGAAGUGAUCAUGCAAGAGGAAACAUUGAAAUGCAAAUCGAAAGUUCAAUCGGUUCGUCAUUUGAAUCGACUUUGAAAAGCAAAAGGAACAAGAAGGAAGGAUCCGGGUCUGGUUCUGGAAGUGGCGAUGAGUAUGCUUCAGAACUUCUUCCUGGUGACUACGGUUCAGAAGGGCCUUUGAAUAUUGAUGAAGAGGGAAGUGGGGAUGAUGAUGAUGAUGAGCAAAGCGGCGAAGGAUUCGACUUUAUGUCUGGAAACCGAGCAAGUGGAUCCGGAAAUGAAAUUGACCAACAUAUCCAUGCUCUUCUCAAGGCUCACGUCGAUAGUCCUGCGAAAUCCAAGGUUUCAUCUUCUGAGAAAGUUGACGUUCCUACAGAAAAAGCAAAAAAGCCUACAGAGGCAAGCACUGCAAAACAACAAAAGCCCAUAAAUUAUCCAUCAAUUCAAAAGGAAUAUGCUACGAAAGAGGUUGAUGCACCAAAGCUGGAGCAAGACCAACCGGAACAAAAGAGCCAGAACCUUCAAGCUGACGACGAAGAGACUUCUGGCUCAGGUUCAGGAGAGACCGGUGAGAGCUCAGGCCGUUCCAUCGAAGGUUCCGGAUCUGAUCAUUCAUUCACUUUACCUUUUGUGCAGCCAGAGGCACCCAAAGCGCGCCCUCUUGCAGUGCCACAAAAAAGUUCUCAGUUGCCAGGAGUCGCUCCUCACGAGAGUGCAGCCGUACAAGAGGCUGUGGCACAUGUAACGCAAAAUAUCCUAAAUAACAUUCGUCAGUACCAAGGCAACGUGACUGCACCUUCACUGUCUGCAGAUGCAAGAAUGAUCAAAACUGAGAAUGAUGCAAAAGAGUCUAACGUACAGACAGCUGAGGCAGAUGAUGAUUCGGAAAGCGGUUCAGCCUCUUCAGGGCUCGCGGCUCCAAAGUCUGAAGAUCAGGCAUCUGGUAAUCAGAAGUAUGACACAGAUGAUGAUGACGACGAUGAAAACGAGACAACUCCAGAAGAAGCAGAGACAAAGGAGGUUAAGUCUGGUGUUGAACAAGAGGCUGGUCAGCGUGGGCAAAUCGAGAAGAGCAAGGAGCAGGUGAAAGUUGCAAAGGCGCAAAAACAUGAAGAGCUGCAACCUCAGGAUGAAGAUGAGGAAGAAGACCCUAAACCUAAAUAUGAAGGAUUUACAGAUCCAAACGCAUGGCCGAAAGAGGGAGACAUUGUCACGGAAGAUUUCCUCGAGCAUCUGAUGGUCAGUCAACUGCUAGAGCAGAACCUGAAACUGUUCUAUACGAACAUGGCAGGCAGACCUGGACCAGCUGGACCAGCCGGUGAGGCAGGAACACCGGGACAACAAGGAUUUCCUGGAAUGAAUGGAGUACCUGGUUCACCAGGAGAGCCAGGCUCAAUCGGCCCGGCUGGAGAGCCAGGGACACAAGGGCCCCAAGGGCCACCUGGAUGGCCCGGAAUGAAAGGAGAAAUGGGAAGCGCAGGUGAACCCGGUCUGCCCGGUCCGCGUGGAAGCCCCGGAGCUCCAGGUCCGCCCGGAAACCCGGGAGAAAUAGGAGCCACACAGUCCAUGCCAAACUGCAGUUAUGUAUGUGAAGGUGAAAAGGCCUGGCUUGAAUGUAAAGAAUACGAAAUGAUCAAAGUCCAGAGAGUAUUCUGGGGUCGAGAGGACAGUCAGCUCUGCGAGAAAGCGCCAAAAGGUCUAUCGAUGGAUAAAACCUGUGAAAGCAACAGCGAUAAUGCUUUCAAGAAGGUAGCAGGUAACUGCCGGAGUGCAAAAGCAUGCGAGGUAGUGGCAUCAAAUAUCUUCUUUGAUGACGAUACUUGUGGAGAUGUAUAUAAAUAUUUGAAGAUUUGCUAUGAAUGCGUCCCUGACGAGGCAAACGCCGUGGAUGUACUGCUGGAGAAAAAGAGGAAGCGAAAGCGACGUGGAGGAGAAAAAUGGCGGAGAAGCGGGGAAAGGAAGAAACGAGAACUUUUUGAUGAAAUAGCAGAAUCGAUGUGGGAGCACCCAGUACACGCCAAACAGAAAAAUGGGCGAUAAAAAUUUCAUACUAUUAGCUAAAUGAUAGAAAAUGGUGUACAAUUGAUGGCCCAGUUAACUGAAAGGACAGUUGAAGGAGAAUCUGAGUGGCACCAAAAGCAAUUAGGAACCCUCCAAUGGGUCACCCCACGUGUUAUGACGAACUUGCACACGUAAUCUGCAUUCAAUAACACAAAUAUUGCACUUUUGCAGUACUUUACGCUUUCGAUAAUUUAAGUCCUUAGUAAAUAUGCUUAAUUAAUAAAGAACUAUUCAUAUUGGCAUAUGAAAUUAAAAGGAUAUCACACGAGAGACACAUUGAACCUUCAGGUUUUUGAGGUAGAAUAUAAAGAUCUGAUAUUAAUAUAAAUAUAUGAAAAAAUUAUUCAGUUAUACAUUCAAAUAUGAAUACAAUUUUAAGAAUUGAAUAAACAAUACUGAAUGAAUGUAGCCUAGACUGUUUAAAGUGCAUGGAAUUUUGGUAACUUUAAUAUAUAAUUAAAACUGAGUAGAAUAAAAGAGAAUCUCGCUGUACACUUUGUAACAAAGUCAGACUUGUUUUUGGAAAAAUUCUAAAUAUACAUUAUGUAAAAUAGCAUUAAAUUUUUUAUACAUUUAAAUUUCAUUUGUUGGAUGUUUCAUUCAUGUUUAUAAUUGAUGUUUGUCAUAGCAGUCCAUGUGUGAA